AUGCCGGUUAUUCCGCCUAAGACUAAGAGAGAUGGUUUUGAUGCUGGCUCUCAGAGCGAUAGGAUUCGAGGAAGUUGGUGGUUGCAGGUGAAGGCGGACGACUACCUUGUCCGAGGUUAUGGAGAAAUGGGUUUCUAUGGGAAGUUGAAGAUGCUAUUGAAAGAAAAGGGUGUCACGGAUUGCGAAUGGUCAUAUGCCUACCUCGUCACAGCUCCGCGCUUCCUCGGAUACUCAUUCAACCCAGUCUCCUUCUGGUAUAUCUACGACCAGUCGGAUCAACUCAACAAAAUGAUUCUCGAGGUCAACAAUACCUUCGGCGAGCGGCGAGUAUACGUACUAGAUGGCACCAGUCCAGCCACUUCGCUGGUUUCCGGUUCUGGAGCAUUGGAGUCAGAUGUCGGGAAGUUGCAAUUUACGGAUGUCUGGUUGAAGGAUUUCCAUGUGUCGCCCUUCAACUCUCGCAAGGGCUCAUAUUCUCUCAAGGCCCUCAACCCCUUCCCAGCUGAUGUCUUCACGAGUCCUAUAAUAGAUAAUACUAUUACCCAGAAAUCUUCAAAGGCCCAUGCCAAGAUUGUCGCGCGAGUUUAUUCCACCCACCAACCUUUGGACCCUGCUACCCUUGGUAUCUUUGGAAUCACGAAGUUUGCGCUUGGGUGGUGGUGGGUUGGGCUCUCGACCUUUCCGCGCAUUUUGAAGGAGGCUAAGACGCUUUACUUUCGCCGUCAGUUGAACGUGUGGUACCGACCAGAGGUGCUAACUUCCAGCAUUAGCCGCAUUCCAACGUCAACCGAAAUGGUUCUUCAGGAAAUAUUUGAAAAUUAUCUCAAGCAACUUGUGUGGAACGCUGUCGAGCCUCUUCACGUUACUUAUCACACGUCCAUCCCCAGCCACCCAAAAGAGGAGAUCGCCACGAUGUGCACACCAGGCCGCGAUAUACCUUUGAAACGUAUCGAACUUCGUGUCCUGACCCCGAUCUUUUAUUCACGAUUCGUCCACUAUGCUCACACCUCUGAAGCGUUCGAUCGCGAGUAUCUCUUCACAGAUGAGAAGAACCGCACAAUUUGGAUCUCAAACCCAGAGUUACUCCACCUCUUGCUACCGAACCGAAACACUCCUACCAGCGAACCUGAAUCAUUGGGUAGGCAGAUGUCUUAUCUGAAUGAACUACGAUGGAUGCUGUUGAGGAAAUUAAGAUGUCCGCCUGCAGAAUCAGCAUACCCCACAAAACCAAAACCACCCUCCUUCGAAAUCAGCAACAAACCGUCGCUUCCAUUUUCGGACUUGGACCUAUUCCAGCGAGGGCCUCACGGACGGCUAGACUCGGGCAUAUAUCGGAGAACGGUAAUGCAGGUAUUCUUGGCACAGCGAUUGGCUUUCGGAUUUGUAGAGGUUGUGAAUGGGGUAGAUUUCCUUCUAAGGACCCUGCUGUGUUAUAUUGGAGCUAGGAUGCUGACUACCUGGGCUUUGGAAGCCCAGGCAAACGGCUUCAAUAGAAGACUGAAGUUGGUUGAAGGGACAUGUAUAGCGGAGCUCAUAGGGGCAAACACGGGGAGAUGGUGGCUCUUUGGCCUGGGGUUAUGGGUUUGUUCAUGCAAUCUCUAUGGAUUGGCGAAAGGAUAG